AUGUCCCCUUACCACCGCGACCUUCUCGAUCCCAUCCCCGCCCUAGUCCUCCGUGUCCGUGAGAACCUCAACUUGAUAUCCUCAUACGUCCCUGAUAGACUCGUCGCUGUCUUAUACGCUUAUUUACCUACCCGGACGACCCUCGAAACGACCCGCAACCUUCUCCUCGCCGCUGCUUCUCUGGCGCCCUCCCCAGAGGGCCCGUACUUAGCUCCGGGUCCUGGUUCCGCCCAUGCCGUUUUGGAUGCCUUUAUGAGCUAUUCCAUCGAGUUUGUCUUCUGGCCCGACUUUGCUGGAAAUUGCAGCCAUCCCAAUACAUUCUCGGACAACUUGUUACAGAACCUGGGGAAUCUCCAGGGGGUAAGGCCAUAUGUCCGUGUAGGCGGAAACACACAAGACUACGCCCUCUACAACGAAUCUCUCUUUACCGCUGUUCAUGGGAUAUACGAUUAUAACAGGUCCAGAGACUACCCCACCACCGUUCAAAUUGGUCCCUCCUUUUUUGAAUCGUACAGUACCUUCAACGACACCAAGUUCACCCACGGUUUCAAUCUAGCACUCGGCGCCAUCCGGCCGGAAGGAUGGCAAACCCUCAUCGACACCGUACCCCUGGCCUGCCGGGCCAUCGGCCAGGACAACCUCGACCGUUGGGAGUACGGCAACGAGCCCGACCUCUACUCCGUCUCCGCACAAGGCCCCGUCCGCCCUCUGACCUGGAAUGCCGAGACAUACGUCGCCCAAUGGUUGAACGGGACGCGUCGCAUCCGCGAGGCCCUCGAAGCAGCCUGCCCGGCCAUGCUCGACGACAAUCUCUACAGCUACGCCGCGCCUUCCAACGGUGGCGUGUACAACCCGCUCCAGGCCGAGGAUCAGUGGGCCGCGGGCCUCAACUCGGACGGAAAUGUCGGCACCUUCUCUACCCAUAACUAUAUCAGCGGCGCCGAGACUCCCGGCGUCACGCUUCAGGAGACCCUCAUGAACCAUCACACGACGACCCACUCGGUUGACGCCCAUGUCCGCACUUACCGUGAUAUCGUUCGUCGGUUCGGUGAUGUGCCGCCUCAUAUCCUUGGUGAGCACAACUCGCUUUACCACCAGGGCAAACCUGGGCUGUCCAACUCGUUCGGCGCGGCUUUGUGGGGGGUUGAUUUCAACCUGUAUGCUGCUUCCGUCGGUAUUAAGCGAGUUCAUAUGCACAUGGGCACCGAUUACCGCUACACAAGCUGGCAGCCCAUCAACACCGAAACCACCGUUGCCGGCACCAAACCCCCCUACUACGGAAACAUAGCCGUGGCAGCCAUGCUAUCUCCCAUCCAUCCAUCCUUAGCAGCAUCCGAUCUCCCAUCCUCCCUCCUCCCGUCCCGCCGCCCCAAGGUCUCAAUGGCCCACAUCCCCCUCCCCACCCGCCGCGCCGCCGCCUACGCCGCAUACCUAGACGACGCCUUCGCGCGCCUCAUGGUCAUCAACCUGCAAGCCUACAACUCGACCGUCAACGGCACCGGCACCGUGCCGGAUCCCGACGCCCCCGAGCGGCCCGUCUUCCGGUACACCUUCGAGGUGCCCCUGCAGCGGGGGGAGGCACGUGUGCAGCGCCUGUACGCGAACGGGAGCGACGCCGUCUCGGGCAUCGCGUGGGAUGGGUGGAGUUAUAACUUGGAACUCGACGAGGGGAGGCCUGUAAGGUUGAGGAACGUCACUGUGGGAGAGAAGCUUCCUGUGAGGGAUGGGGUGGUGGAGGUGGAUGUCCAGGCGAGUCAGGCUGUCUUGUUGAGUUUUGUGGGGGAGACGUGAGCGACGGGAUGGAUUAGAAGUGU